GCCUCUCCCCGCGGGCUGCUCGGCGGAAGGCCGCGCCGGGGCGGGCGGAGCCGCUCGGCGCCGUACGCCCGCCGGAGCCAUGAGCUCCCACCGCAGCGAGAGCGACUGGCAGGGGCUGGUGAGCGAGUACCUGGUGUGCAAGAGGAAGCUGGAAAGUAAAAAGGAGGCAUUGCUGAUCCUCUCCAAAGAGCUGGACACUUGUCAACAGGAAAGAGACCAGUAUAAGCUCAUGGCCAACCAGUUACGAGAACGACACCAGUCUCUGAAAAAGAAGUACCGGGAGCUUAUUGAUGGAGAUCCAUCCCUUCCCCCUGAAAAGAGGAAACAGGCAAAUCUUACUCAACUACUGAGUGAGGCUCAAGAUCAAAAUAAACACCUUGGAGAAGAGAUUAGGGAGCUUCAACAGAGACUCGGGGAAGUACAAGGGGACAAUAAGCUCCUUCGAAUGACAAUAGCAAAGCAAAGACUUGGAGAUGACGAAGUUGGAGCUCGCCACUUUGCAGCACAUGAACGUGAGGAUCUUGUUCAACAACUGGAGAAGGCUCGAGAACAAAUUGAGGCUCUGAAUCAUGAUCUUCAGUCUGCACUAGAUGAGUUACAGGAUGUUAAAGAAGAACGCUCUUUUUAUCAAGAUAAGUCUGAUAGAUUAAACCAAGAGCUCAAUCAUGUUUUAGGAGGACAUGAGAACCGUAUCAUUGACAUAGAUGCUCUCUGUAUGGAGAACAGGUACCUCCAAGAGAGAUUAAAGCAAAUUCAAGAGGAAGUGAACCUUCUUAAGUGUAAUAUUACUAAAUAUAAGAAUGCUUUGGAGAGACGGAAAAAUUCAAAGACUCAUAGUAGAUCCAGUAGCAGUGCUCUGACUGGAGUCCUGUCUGCAAAACAAGUCCAAGAGUUGUUGUCAGAGGAUCAUGGAUGUAGCCUACCAGCCACACCACAGUCCAUUUCAGAUCUCAAAUCACUGGCCACUGCAUUGUUGGAAACAAUCCAUGAAAAAAACAUGGUCAUACAACACCAAAGGCAAACCAACAAAAUUCUAGGUAAUCGAGUGGCGGAACUAGAAAAGAAAUUAAGAACCUUGGAAAUUGCUGGCUUGUGGAGUCUUCCAGGCCUGAGCUACAAUGUCUCAGUGGGAUUUGGGAGUGGAAAGGAUACCAUAACGUUCAGUGACGCAUCCUUGCCUGUUAUACAGAGGUCUAGGUCACCCUUGUUAGCAUUUACUGAUAAGCCACAGCAAGCUGAAGUACAAGCAGAACAGAAGAGGGAACGUGAAGAAACUACUGCUGUUGCACAUGAUUCCAUGGCUUCGGAGGAAAGAAACUUGAAUAACAGAAACCAAAAUAAACACUUUUAUCCUUCAUUACCCAAGUUACAUUCUGAGGAAGAAGAAAUAAACAAGCUUGGAAGUCAAAUAAUUAAACUGACAAAACAGGCAGUUGCAGAACUGGAAGGGAAAAGAACAGAAAAUUCAUCUGAAGAGCAGAAGACUGUGGUUAGAGCAGAGCUGAAUGGUUCAUCUGAGGGAGGCUUCGCAUUGCCCAGCCCGGACCCGUCUGACCCUACAGACCCCUCAGCCUCAGAAAAUGAGCAGACAGCCGAAACUGAGGCCCUGAAAGGCAGUGAUGAAACUUCAGAGAGUGACUGUGAAAUUACACAUGAAGGAGAGAAUCAGAAUGGCAGCACCAUGGAUGUGGUGCCCAGUGAGGACACCAAAAGGCAUGGGGGUCUCAGUGCUACAACUGCACACACAAAUAUCGGCCUCGAGGAGCUCCCUGAAUCUGAAAACAAGAAACCAUCUGAUGCUGCUGAAAACUGUGAAUAUUAGGAUAACAACUUGGCUUGAGGUAUGAAAUCCAAGCCCUCAAGCUUCUCACUGUAAUCCUCUUGCAAGUGUGUAUGCUACUGUGAUUAUGAACAGUGCAAGUCUGUCAAAGAGCUGAUUUUUUACAUCAGUCUGUUAAUAUUGGUCUGAUAACAGUAUUCUGUUAGUUUUGACUGCAGCAUACCAAAAAUGUAAGUUGUCUGAGGGGAAGAACUUGAAGCUAAUGGGGUAUAAUCAUUCUGAUUCUGUGCAGUGAUUGAUAUAAUUUACAACAGUGUAGCAAAGAGACCAGUGAUAAUGAUGUAUCACGUACAUGUGAGGUGUAUGGUCUUAGUGCUGGACCGUAUCCUAAUGCUCAGAAGUGUCUUCCAAGGAUGGAGAAUUUGGAGUGAUAAAUUGAGAAGUAUCUUAGGGUUGCUGGCUUUUGCUUGUUUUUCAGACUGCAUUCUGUUUCCCUUUGCAAGUGCAUACUUAGAAUAAAAUUACUAUUGCUUUUUAAGGAAGCAGAAUCCUUUCUGAAAACCAUCCCUGCAUGUGCAUCAUUAUCUCAUUUCAAACCUUUCUAUCUUCUCAACUGUACAAAUUUUUGCCCUCCCUUUCCCAGCUCAUCUCAUGAAAACAUAGGGAGUUAUUUCACCAGAUACUAAGAAUGCAAAUUAAUGAUGCUGUGAAGGAAGUAUCAUCUGAGGAGCCAGAAGUCUUUCAAUGAGAAACAGCAGUACUGUUCCAAAGCUAAGGGAGCAGCAAGAAAAGAACCAAUGAUGCCCCAUCCUCCUCCUUCAUGCUCUACAUUUCCAGAAUUGCAUCCCUCAGCCCCCAGGAGGUGAAACAGCCCUUGGAGAAGCGGGUGGUAGAUUUCAGCCUCCUCCUUACAUGGCCUCCUUUCCAAAUCUGUGUUUAUUUGUUUUCUAGUGUUUUAGAAAACAUAAACAUUUUUCGUAUGUUUGUUUCCUCCUCACCUCACCAGUCUUUGGUGUAGUAGUAGGUUUAUUUGUGUUGUUGCUGUCUUUAACCUCUGCCUGUGUUGAUAUUCAGACAUAAGAAAACAUUCCUGUAAUAACUGUGGGAGAAGGAGGCUGCUGUGUCAUUCCCCAGCACGCUCCUGAUGCUGGAGCUGUGCCACUCUGCUCCGAGGAGGGCAGCAACAAGGGAAUACUUAACGGUGAAGUUAGCAGCUGUUGGAGAAGGGGAGGCACGUCCUUCCUCUCCUGCCUGUAGCAUAAGGAACAGUCUCUGCAGCUGUGGAGCUUCUAUGGGCCAGCAGCCGUCAAGGCAAUUUUUCUGCUGGCUUGGGACCUAAUUGUCUGUAAAUGUUCAUUUCUCACUCCUAGAACUUGAAACCAAUCAGAGAGAAUUAAACCAAAUUUAAUAAAAUACUACUAAUAAAAAGGAAAAUCCCUCCCAGAUUGAGUUCUCCUUUGACAAAUAACUGCCAGCUGCAAAUUUUUACAGCCCACUUGUCAGCUACUGAAUAAACAGAGUUUAUAUUAGCGAUACUGACAAACUCUUCUGUAUAUGGAAACUGAGCUAGCAGGUGCUGCUAUAAUCAAGGUGUCAGAGUCCAUGAGCAAUUUGUAUUCAGCAGAAGAAGGGCUGUAUGUAAAUGAUUACAUACAAAUAUAAGGAAUGAUAGAGGGAAGGUGAAAAAUCUGGCUCGUCGCUGUUGUCCUGUGCUUUCCCUACCAGGUGCACCCAGGUAAACCCUUUCAGUAUCUCUGCAGGCAAUAAAGCCGUAGUCACAGUGCUCCCCAAAUAGGUUUCCUUUCUCUUUAAAGGUAAUUUGACAUUGCAGCAUUUUGCUGAUGCUAAGCAGCAGCCCUUAGGGAAAAAACAGCUGUAUAUUUAAGUGCGUUAGGAACAUGAAGCAGUAAAAAGUUUUUCUUCCAUUAUCCUGAUGACAAUUUAAGUUCCUCAUCACCUGAAAACCAAGAGGAGUUUAAGCAUUUGAAAGAUUGUUUUGCUGUUCCCAUUAAUUGGAACUGACUGCACUAUUGACUCAUUUAUAUGGCAGUACUGACAAGUCAGAAGAGAAAUAGCUGCAGAAACUGAGAUCUCCAGGAGAAUGUGGCAGAUUUUUUUGCUUUAAUGCUUGAAUGUUACAUCGGGUAUCACUUUAUUUGAGAUGCAUUCUUUUCCAUCUUUCACAGAUUAAUCCUAUGCAGAGCUAAAUAUCAAAGCAGUCAGAACUGAUGCAAGCCAGUAAAAAGGGCAGGGCUUCACAUAGCUGAGCUCUGAAAUUUUCAGGGUUGUUUUUGGCCUUUGUUUCCUUGUUCUGUAUCUUUUUUUGACCCACAACUGUGUGAGCUGACAUUUGCUCCUGGUCCCUCAACAUCCAGUUAAUGGUAUUAAUUAAUCAUAGAAUCAUAGAAUCACUAAGGUUGGAAAAGACCCGCAGGAUCAUCCAGUCCAGCCAUUCGCCCAUCACCAAUGGUUCUCACUAAACCAUGUCCCUCAACACAACAUCCAAACGCUCUUUGAACACCACCAGGCUCGGUGACUCCACCACCUCUCUGGGCAGCCCCUUCCAGUGCCUGACCACCCUUUCAGAGAAGUAGUAUUUCCUAACGUCCAGCCUGAACCUUCCCUGGCACAGCUUGAAGCCAUUCCCUCUAGUCCUAUCACUAGCCACACGAGAGAAGAGGCCGACCCCCAGCUCACUACAACCUCCCUUCAGGUAGUUAUAGAGAGCAAUAAGAUCUCCCCUGAGCCUCCUCUUCUCCAGACUGAACAAUCCCAGUUCCUUCAGCCACUCUUCAUAAGGCCUGUGCUCCAGACCCCUCACCAGCUUUGUUGCCCUCCUCUCCAGGGCCUUGAUGUCUUUCUUACAGUGAGGGGCCCAAAACUGGACACAGUCCUCGAGGUGCGGCCGCACCAGUGCUGAGUACAGGGGGACAAUUACUUCCCUGUUCCUGCUGGCCACACUAUUUCUGAUACAAGCCAGGAUGCCGUUGGCCUUCUUGGCCAAUGAAAGGCUUAGUGCAGAAAUCAGAGCAGGUGGAAGUAGUUGUGGACCAGCAGCAGCUUUUCAGCGUCUCACUCAUUGAUUCUUUUAGUGUGGUUUUCCUAAGAAAAGAAAACUGGUGUACAACCCUGCAAUUAGGUCAUCUUGGUAACUAUCCUCGCUCCAUUAGCCCUCAGUUGUUAAAACUGCAACGAGAGAUCUGGAUUCUGGAGAGCCCAUUUUAGAGUGCCGUAUCACUGCUGCAUUGCUGCUCCCAUCCAUCCUGCCCAGGGAAUGGGUGCUCUGGCUGUGCUUUUAGCCUGCUCCCAGGAACACAAGGCUUCAAUACUGGGGCAGCUGUAAGAGCAAGCCUGCUCUCUGUGAUCUCUCCUUGAAUAGUUCUGUCAGUAACUGUCUUAGAUAUUGUUUCAAGCGAUGCUGUUGUGCUGUUAGAAUUAUGUGGGGCUUUUUUGUUUGUUUGUUUUCAUUGCUUUUGUUUUGUUGUGGAAUCAGCGCUGUUUUGUUGAGUCUCUUUUAGGCUUGUGUUCCCACUUUCUAGGACUUCAGAAAUGGAGAAAUCACAUCCAGGUGUAACACCUUUUGCUGUUGGGCUCUGGGGAAGUAAACUGCAAAGGGGAGCCUUGUGGCAAGGAGAUGGAGAGGAUGCAUUCCGUAAAUUGAUUUGAAGCACAUUGCCUCACCUGUGAGCAAAUUCAUGCAUUAUCUGUGAGAAGGAUUUCAUUUGAAAGAACUGUUGUGGUUAUUUGAAAAAGAAGCUCGGCGCAUUUGUAAAAUAAUGGUGUGAAAAGGACAGAUUGAGAGGCAUCAUUUAGAAUGUUGCCUCUUUUCUAAGCGAGACUAUUUUUAAGCAUACAGUGAUUUGUAUAAUAAAGACAGCGGAAUUUCUUUAAUCCAUAUGAGCUCAGGAAUGUAUUUUGAAAUCUUAACUGAGAUGAAGUUGAAAGUCUGCUACGUUUCUAAAAGAUAGGGUUUUGUUUACCAGCCUCUGUUUUGUAGUUUUACUUCUUAAAUGACGCGGUAUAAUUUAUUUGCAAACCUCUCUUUUGUUGCUGCCUGGAUUAACUGCGCAACAUAGUUCAACUCUAUUGAUAUAUUUUGUCAUCUAGAAUAAAACCAUACAUUUCCUGA